AUGUCCAAAGUCUCAAGCGCUGUUUUACGUCAAGGUGUUGCUACUAUUCUUAAAGAAAAGAAAGACAGAAAAUUUGUUGAAACUGUAGAACUUCAAAUUGCCCUUAAGAAUUACGAUCCAGAUAAAGAUAAACGUUUCGCUGGUUCAGUCAAAUUACCAAAUAUCACUAAAGCUAACUUUAAGGUCUGUGUUCUUGGAGAUGCCCAAGCCUGUGAAGCUGCUCAAAAAGAAAAUAUCCCAUUCAUGGAUGUUGAUGCUCUUAAGGCAUUAAAUAAAGACAAAAAGUUAGUCAAGAAAUUAGCCAGAAAAUACAAUGCAUUCCUUGCAUCAGAUUCUGUUUUGAGACAAUUACAAAAGAUUCUUGGUCCAGGACUUAACAAGGCUGGUAAAUUCCCAACCCUUCUUGGAAAGAAUGAAGAUCUUAAAGUUAAAAUUAAUGAACUUCAAUGCCAAGUUAAAUUCCAAUUAAAGAAAGUCUUGUGCAUGGGUGUUGCUGUUGGAAAUGUUAAAUUAACUGAAGACCAAUUAGUUGCUAACAUUGAAAGAUCAAUCUCAUUCUUAGUUUCACUUCUUAAGAAAGGAUGGCAAAACAUUAAAUGUCUUUACAUUAAGAGUUCUAUGGGUGCACCAAUUAAGAUCUAUUAA